AUGCUAUUCUAUCCACCAAGCGAAGAUUCAUAUCUUAUGGAAGAUGCAAUAAAAGAAAAGAAAGAAAGAAAUAUUAGAAUUAUUGUGGAAGUAGGGUCUGGAUCUGGGUAUGUGAGCAAAAUAUUACAGGAGGAAUAUCCAUUGUCGCAAAUAAUCAGUACAGAUAUUAAUCCACAUGCGACAGAAGCAACUGAUCGCCUAUGCGCAGGAAUUACCACUACGGCGGUUCGUACAUCCAUGAUAGAUGGGUUAAGAAUAAAAGCAGACCUUGCUCUGUUUAAUCCGCCGUAUCUUCCGAGUGAAGAGAAGUACUUAAUAGGAGAGUGGAUGGACAGGGCCUGGGCAGGUGGUGUUGAUGGAAUGGAGGUGACUAACAAAUUUCUGGAUGAAACAGCAGAUAUAAGAAUACGGUAUGUUCUGUU